UCAAAGUCUAUCUUUGAAAACAAAAAAUUUGAAAAAAAAUGUCACUUGAAGAGACCAAAACAGACGUGCAGAACCAGGCAGUUCCCGAGGAGGUAGAGUUGGUUAGAGAAGUCCCGUUGUCACCCGCUUCCCGUCUGACUCAGAGGCGGCUGACGUGGAAGAACCAAGACAGGUCCUCAUGGAGCAGCUUCGACUUCAGAACCAGUUUCGACGGAACCAAACGUGAAAAUCUUGUGGAAGAUUCGAUUGCUGAGAUGAAAACCAGGAAAGAACACGAGAAUGAAAAAGCAGACAAUGAGCUAGAGGCCGAAUGUAUUCCCAAACAGUUCCGUGUUGAGAUUCGAAACUGCUCGCUCGCCACUCUCUCUUCAACCGCUGAAGUAUUACAUAAAGAAAAAGCGCAAUUGGUGGAGCUCAGUAGCUUACAGGAGGGAUAUGCCGAACAAAACGAUGGCGAGCUAGGAGUCUGCAUCACAGUAAUCUCUCAUAGAGCAGUUCCUCAAACUGUUGUUGUUUCCAAAAACAUCACGAUUACCGAAGAGGUUUGGUACCCACGCAGUAUAUUGGAAUUGAACAAAUGCAAAAAUGUUCUGUCGUCCUUUGAUCCGAGCCUCGACAAAGAUCAUCCGAAAGAAAAAGCGCAAUUGGUGGAGCUCAGUAGCUUACAGGAGGGAUAUGCCGAACAAAACGAUGGCGAGCUAGGAGUCUGCAUCACAGUAAUCUCUCAUAGAGCAGUUCCUCAAACUGUUGUUGUUUCCAAAAACAUCACGAUUACCGAAGAGGUUUGGUACCCACGCAGUAUAUUGGAAUUGAACAAAUGCAAAAAUGUUCUGUCGUCCUUUGAUCCGAGCCUCGACAAAGAUCAUCCGGGUUUCAAUGACGUGGUAUACCGCAGCAGGCGAGCUGAAAUAGCUAAGCUAGCAGAACAAUACCAACAUGGCUCUGAGGUGCCUCGUGUUGUAUACACUGAACUAGAAACAGCGACUUGGAAGGAGGCGUUCGUGAACCUCUCCAUAUUACACGAAACACAUGCUUGUGAAAACUACUUAAAAUAUUUCAAAAAGUUGAAAACCGACAAGAUUAUCAGCAGCGAGAGAAUUCCGCAGCUGCAGGAUCUAUCCGAUUAUCUGUACAAAGCGAGCGGGUUCAAACUGUGUCCAGUAUCUGGGUUGGUAUCUGCACGUGACUUCCUCGCCUGCCUGGCUUUCAAAGUGUUCCCCUGCACUCAGUAUAUCAGACACCACGACGCACCCAUGCACUCGCCUGAACCGGACCUGAUUCACGAAGUAUUGGGCCACGUGGUGAUGUUCAUGGACCCCCGACUGGCUGACUUCUCCCAGAAGAUAGGACUAGCAUCCCUGGGAGCAUCGGACGAAUUCGUAGUCAAAUUGGCCACCUUGUAUUGGUUCACAGUGGAGUUUGGGCUCGUGAUGGAGGAUGGAAAAGUGAAAGCAUACGGAGCUGGACUUCUCUCAUCCUACGGAGAGCUAGAGCAUGCACUGUCAAGUGAGCCGGAACACAAGCCCUUUGAAACCGAGGCGGUGUCUGUGCAACCCUAUGAUGACUACAACUACCAGGCAGUCUACUUCAUUGCACACAGCUUCGACCACAUGCUGCACAAUUUCGAGUUGGUCUAG